GCCUUACGUGUACUAGAAUUUUCUUUGUGGCAACUAAUUGGCGAUCAAGUUCAGGGUAGGUAGUGCGCAUGCGCACAAUUGUUCUGGAUAUUUCCUCACGUGGAGUGAAUCCACUUCAGUGUCACUUCAACGCUCCCGAAGAAACCGGGGUACAGCUCCACGCCAAGACCUAGACCUCCUCUCACGUUCAGAAAUGGCCUUCAGAAAAUUCCUCCCCUUGUUUGACCGUGUGCUGGUGGAGCGACUUACCGCAGAGACGGUAACGAAGGGCGGCAUCAUGCUGCCAGAGAAGUCUCAAGGCAAGGUGCUGCAGGCCACAGUGAUGGCAGUAGGACCCGGCUCUGUAAAUCAGGAUUUCUACAACUGGCCGGAUGAAUCAUUUGAGGAGAUGGACAGCACCCUGGCUGUCCAACAGUACAUUCAGCAGAACAUCAGAUCGGAUUGCUCCAAUAUUGACAAAAUCCUGGAACCUCCAGAGGGUCAGGAUGAGGGGGUGUGGAAAUACGAGCACCUCAGGCAGUUCUGCCUAGAGCUCAAUGGAUUAGCUGUAAAACUGCAGAGUGAGUGUCAUCCAGACACCUGCACCCAAAUGACAGCCACAGAGCAGUGGAUCUUUUUAUGUGCUGCCCACAAGACGCCCAAAGAGUGCCCUGCCAUUGAUUACACCAGGCACACGCUGGACGGAGCUGCCUGUCUUCUCAAUAGCAACAAAUACUUCCCCAGCAGGGUGAGCAUCAAGGAGUCAUCAGUGGCCAAACUGGGCUCCGUCUGUCGUCGCAUCUAUAGGAUAUUCUCUCAUGCCUACUUCCAUCACCGCCAGAUAUUUGACAAGUAUGAGAAUGAAACGUUCCUGUGUCACCGGUUCACACGCUUCGUAAUGAAGUACAACCUGAUGUCCAAGGACAACCUGAUUGUGCCCAUUCUGGAGGAGGAAGUGCAGAACACCUCAUCAGCUGGGGAGAGCGAGGCCUAAGAUACAGCUGCUGCCAUAAGGGAGACACAUUCACCUGUGUCUAUCUCAAAGGAAGGGUAAGGAAUACCAGGAGCAGAUUUCAGCCAUGGCUGCAGGACAUCCCGUUUCCACUGUCUGUCAUUCAGAUGCACCCUGUGUCUCUGCUACCAGAGUGACCCAGUUGUUUCUGGAUACAGUUCUGCUCUCACACUACUCCUUUAGGGAAACCCUUUUCCUUAAUGUUCUUCAAGCAGCUGGAUUUGCGAAAACCCUAUGUAAUCAUGUUGACCUGUAUCGUUGACAAAGGCACACACUGACAGCCUCUGUAUAUAACCCUCACUUCCCCUCUCUUUUAAUUCACUGUCAUGUUUUUCGGAUGGUGCUUCACUCUUUUGUGUCUGCUUCUGUUCUCUAUUUGCUUGUGUUGCUUACCAGCCUGUUUUGGAGGGGGGUGUCCCAUGAAAUGGAUCACUAAAUUAGCCUGCUGACUUAAUGCUAUUAAAACACAUUGUAGGUGUGUGGCUUGUGUGGUAGUGAACAAAGACAAACCUAAUCUCUAGCUUUGUAAGUGUACUAGCAUUGUCAUUGUUUCUCUUUGGCCUCUGAAAUGAUGCUUCAGAGUAUUUAGGAAGGUUUUUGGCUAACUCUGAUCCUGCUUUCUGACAUGCCCCCAUUUUAAUACUGUAUAAAAUGUGCCUCGUAUUCCCCUUUCCUUGACAUGAUGGUAACUGAAACCAUGACGAUAUGGGCAGAAACUGAGCUGCUGUAAGCCAGUUUUUACCACUUUACUGGCAUUUGGUGAGUAAAUGCCUCAAGAAAGGGUGGAAUAUGAGCUACAUUUGAGUAUUGGAGCACAACCUCCCUUCUUUUACCCUCUCCCUCAUUAAGUUAUUUUGUGGGAGGAGUCUUGUCAAUCCAACCCACUUUUUUUUUUUUAAAUGGACUAAAAAAUUUUGUUACUGUCGACAUUUUCAUGAUGUCUGUUAAUAAAAAAGACCUAUUAUUCAGGA